CAACGGUAGACGAGGCGAGGCUUUGCUUUGCAGAGACGGACAUCUUAGCAUCGUGUAGAGAGAGAGAGAGGAGCCGUCGGAGACCUGUGUGAGUGUUUGUUGUGAGCCGGGGGCUGCUGGGCUCGGACAGGACGGGGCGGGGUAAUGUUUAGGUUCCGGUAUAAAGCUAGCGAAAAAAUGGGAACCAGACGAGAUGUGGAGCCGGCUGUCGACGCUGUCGUUUCAUACCAGAGACUACAAUGAGAAGUUUACCGUUGUGGUGUAACAGGGCGGCGGUGUAAGCGUGUGGGGAGGCCGCUGGCGGGGGAGAAGCGUGUCUCUGUGGCGCCCCUCCGCCCCCUGUCCGUCAAUACGAUGAGGACGCUAUUUACAUUCUGCUGUCUCCUCCUCAUCACCGGCGGAGCACACCGGGCGUGGGCCACCGGAAACCUGACUAUCGACAGCAGCAGCGACACCAACCAGACGGCCGCCAGCAGCAGCAGGUACAUCAGAAUCGGGGACGGGUCGUCGCAGGAAUUUGAGUUUCCCGAAAACACCAACGGCGUGAUUGUAAUCUCUAGCCGCUACCGGAGCGCCGCGACUAGCAGGAAGGGCCGCCAGAGCUGGAAACAGACGGUGACAGUCCGCUCCCUGGACCCGGAGGUUCUCUCCAUACUUAAUGUAACGGACAGUGGACACGCAGGACCAGCUAAGAGCUACAUAAUCAGCAUCCGCUCCGGGUUCCCAGGUAGGGCUCAGCUGCAGAUCCAGUUGCUAGACCUGGACCAGGAUUCUGUCCCGGUUCUAAUCGAGGAGAGGACGGAUUACUCCAUCAAAGUGGCGCCAGGCAAUGAUGACCCGGCCACCCGACUCACCCAGUCGGGUGGCCUGUCCCAUUUCUCUGAGAACCCUGUAUUGUUUGCCUUGCUGCCCCUCAUCUUCGUCAACAAGUGUGCCUUCGGGUGCAAGGUGGAGGUGGAGGUUCUGCGGGGUCUGCUGAAGAGCCCUGUGCCGCUGCUUCUUGGGGUGCUGGGUCAGUUCCUGGUGAUGCCCUUUUAUGCCUACUGUGUGUCCCGGCUGGCCGCACUGCCCAAAGCGCUCUCCCUGGGCCUGGUAAUCACCUGCUCAGCCCCAGGCGGCGGGGGCGGCUACCUGUACAGCCUGCUGCUUGGAGGAGAUGUGACCCUGGCUAUCUCCAUGACGCUGGUAUCCACAGUGGUGGCGGCAGCAGCCAUGCCUCUGUCGUCAGCUCUGUAUGGGAGACUACUGGGUGUGCACGCCGCCCUGCAUGUGCCAUUUGUGAAGAUCCUCGGUACCCUCCUGUUCAUUGCCAUCCCCAUCUCACUGGGCAUGCUGGUCAAGCUGCGGCUGCCAGCCCUCACUCGCGUCCUGCUAGCACUCAUACGACCCUUCAGCUUCGUGCUCAUUGUGGGUGGCAUCUUCAUGGCCUACCAAAUGGGCGCGUCCAUCCUGGCCAAUGUUAAACCCCAGAUUGUGGCAGUUGGGAUGACGGUGCCUUUGUUGGGGCUGGUGGUCGGGGCUGUCCUGGGCAAACUGGUGGGCCUGGCCCCACCACAGAGGAAGACGGUCAGCAUCGAGGUGGGCGUCCAGAACAGCCUGCUGGCUCUAGCAGUCAUGCAGCUGUCCUUCCGCCGGAUGGAGGCUGACUUCGCGUCCCAGGCACCCUUCAUCGUGGCCCUCAGCAGCACCUCAGAGAUGCUGCUCAUCGUCCUGGGAUACUUUGCCCAGAGGAGGUUGUGUGGGUCCGCCGUCCCCAGGAGUGACGCCUGAUUGUAGCCACAGUUUUUGUUGUGAACUUUUUGAACGAAUGAACGCUUUGAAACCUGUGGAAAAGCUAGCGUCCACAGUCUUGGCUACAAGACGCCCAACAAUCACCAAUCCAGUUGUCACUGUUGUUGUACACAGGACAGUGAACAGACUUUUUGUGGUUCUUUUUUGUUGUCGUUGUUUUCAUAUUUUUCAUGAAAACCAAAGGCCUUUUACCCCCUCUGAGACCCCUUUUUUGUGUUUAUUUUACAGUAUGUACUUUUUAAAAUCAGAUUAUACUGUGAGGUACUCGAUGUAAAUAUUCCUAAGAAGAGAAAUACCUAUAAAAGAAAAGAUAUUUUUCUACCAGAUUACUUUUUGUAAUCAAAAAAAGCAAA